AAGGAAUCAUUGUUAGUCCUAAAACAGAGUAUAACAAUUAACAAACCACAAGACACUGAUCCAUGGAUGACUUGUAUUGGCUUCAUCAAGAGAGCUUUGAUGAAAUGAGGCAGAAUCUACAGAACACUCUGUUCGAGCUAGAAACACUGAGAAUGGAAGCGAACGAGAAAUCAAGAACACACAGAGAAGAAGUGAACCAACUUCUCAAUCUCCUCAAACUCACUCAGAAAGAACGAGAUGAAGCUAGACAACAGUUAUCACAGUUCCUCCUCAUCCAAACCCAACAAAAGCAUAAUUCAAGAAGCAUCACUGAAUCAAACAGCUUCUCUCAAGAUGUAUCUACUUCUUCUUCUCCUUCUUCCUCAGAACUCUCCAGCUUCUUCAAUAUCCAUCCUCAGCCACCGUUGAUGAAUCUCGAAGAUCCAACGUCUCAUAAUCAUCAUCAGGUCGAUCCUCUUGACGUUCUUGUGAUGGGGAAAGCCUUUCCAGAAUCGGGGAAGCUUUUGAAAGCGGUGGUUGAAGCUGGACCGCUUCUUCAAACGCUUCUUGUGGCUGGACCGCUGCCCAAAUGGAUAAACCCACCGCCUCAAACGCAAUCGCAGCGUUUUGAGUUACCCCCUGUCUCGUUCAGAGGGUCCGAUGUUAAUAAUAAUAGUAGUUCUGGUUCUCUGACUUGUUCUGGUUCAGUCAAUAGAUUUGAUUUCGGUCCGAGUUCGGUUAUUGAUCAAUCAAUGUUAACCGGAAAGAGGCAGAGAUUAGAGUAGCUAAUUAAUUCUAAGAGCAGUUUUUGUAAGUCGGGUGA